AUGGCCGCCGCAUCCUCAAGAGUGCGCCACAACUACCACCCUGAAAGCGAGGCUGCCGUCAACAGCCACAUCCACCUGCUGCUCUACGCCUCCUACGUGGCUCUGUCGAUGGCCUUCUACUUCGACCAAGACGACGUGGCGCUGAAGGGCUUCGCCCGCUACUUCCUGAAGCGCUCACAGAUCGAGAGGGAGCGCGCGGAGAAGCUGCUGAAGAUGCAGAGCCAGCGUGGAGGCCGCAUCGUCUUCCAAGACAUCGAGAAGCCUGAGCGCAGCGACUGGGAGGGUGGCCUCCAGGCCAUGGAAGUUGCCUUCGACCUGGCUAUGAGCAUCAACCAGAGCCUGCUGGAUGUGCACGACGUGGCCACAUCCAGAGAUGACGCCCACCUCUGCCACUUCCUGGAGACCAACUACCUGGACCAGCAGGUCCAGGACAUCAAGGAGCUGGGGAACCACCUGACCAACCUGCAUAAGAUGGGGACCCAGAACAGGGGUAUGACAGAGUACCUCUUUGACAGGCUCACCCUGGGUCAGGACAACAAGGAGAACUGA